GCGGAAUCCGGAAGGCAGGGCGCUUAGGUCGGGCCCGAGAGCGGUGGACUGAGGUCCGCGGCCGGGUCAUGGCGGCGCACAGGAAGCACGUGUUUGUUGAGAAGGUGCUGCAGAGACUUUUUCCUGGUGUUCCAAGUGGCCAAGGAAAGAGGGAACCCCAGACGCUGGCUGUCCAAAGUCCACCAAAGAAAGUGAUCUCUGAGAAAGUGAGUCGGAAACAUGCUCAGCCUUUGACAGACGCUAGCUCUGAGACCCCGACUGCCAGACGGCUCUACACCGCCAGUGGGCCUCCCGAGGGCUACGUCCCCUGUUGGCCCGAGCCCAGCAGCUGUGGGAGCCCCGAGCACGCCUCCAGCGGGGACGACACAGAAGAUCAGGAUCCUCAUGACCAGCCAAAGAGAAGAAGAAUUAGGAAGCAUAAGUCAAAGAAAAAAUUUAAAAAUCCCAACAGUGUUCUUGUAGAACAAGCAGAAUUAGAGAAACAGCAGAGUCUGUUACAGGAGAAAUUUCAGCGACAGCACACAGAUGGGCCCACGAUAAGCAAAAAUAAAAAAAGGAAACUGAAAAAGAAACAGCAAAUUAAAAGGAAGAAAGCAGCCGGCUUGGCAACAAAGGCUGCUGGUGUCAGCUUCAUGUACCAGCCGGAGGACAGCAGCAGUGAAGGGGAAGGCAUGGGAGAGGCUGGUGAGCCGGGAGGUGCGGACGCCAGCGAGGAAGACCCGACACCGGCCGGGGAGGAAGACAUUAAAGACGCCGGGGAGGAGGGAGGUGCGGACUCCUGGGAGGAAGACCCAACACCGGCUGGGGAGGAAGACGUAAAAGACGCCGGGGAGGAGGACGGUGCGGACUCUGGGAAGGAAGACCCAACACUGGCCAGGGAGGAGGACGGCGCCGACGCCAGCGAGGAAGACCCGACACCGGCCGGGGAGGACGAUGGUGCGGACGCCGGGGAGGAAGAUGAUACAGUUACCAAUGAAAAGGCAGAUAGUGUUCUAAAUUUUUUGAAGUCAACACAGGAAAUGUAUUUUUAUGACGGUGUCUCCAGAGAUGCAGCUUCAGCCGCCCUCGCCGAUGCCACUGAGGAACUGCUGGACCGUCUUGCGUCACACAGCAUGCCGCCCUCAGACGUGUCCGUCCUGCACCACCUGAAAACACUGCUGCUUCUGCAAGAUACUGAGAGAUUGAAGCGCGCUCUGGAAAUGUUCUCACAACAUUGCACGAUGCCUCCUGACCAUGCCAGAGUAAUCUCAGCUUUCUUUAGUUACUGGAUCACACAUGUCCUCCCUGAGAAGAGCAGUGACUAAAAUGGAAUAUCUCUUUAAGAAGAGCUCCUCUUUAAUAAAAAACAUGAAAGACAAAUGUGAAAUGGGCCUAGAGUUAGUUCUCUGGGAACUCGAAGGACGUUUCUAUUAUUUAUUCCCGUGUUGUUCCUGAUGGGC